AACAAAUCAACUAAUUGUGUUGAUGUAUAAGUGCUGUGAAUAAAAAGGAGUUACCAUACGGACUAGUCCACUAGUAUUGUACACGAGUACUGACUACUGUAUCAAGGGCACCCUUUAGUCCAUUUGCUGUACGAUUCUGGACAUCUUUGAUAUUGGUUCUCCUAAAUGGCAAAGAUAAGAUUUCUACAUCUUGCCCUGCUCAUUGUCAUUUUCUUAAUUGUUUGUGAAGCGAAACACCAAUCACAUCUAACUUCAACAGGAGUUAAUGUUCCUCCAACAUCUCGGGCAGGAAAUGACGUAACAACAGAUGGUACAAACAGCCAGAAAACAGGAUUAGCAAAGUCACUUGCGAAAUCAAUUUUGAAAAUGCUUUUGUCAAGAAUAUGUGGGAAAGAAAAAAUCUUCAAUUUGAAGAGAAAAAGAUGUGAACACUCGUCUGAAGAGUAUGUGCGUGCUUUUGGCAAUCCCGGACUCGGAAAGUGAACUACAGACGACUGGGAGGAGGAAGGAACGUACAUGUAUAUCUGGUAGUACUAAAAUGUCUGCACCACCUUGAUUGUCCCAGUAUUCUGUCCGACAGCAACCAGGGCACGAAGGAACUGUGCGUGUAAAGUACGAUUAGGUUUGACGAAGUUGUCUCCCCUUUGGCUAGGCGGAUGUUGUCAGAAAGAUAUGAUUUCGCGAAAUAUAUUCCUUGUUGAUUGUUCAAGUUAGUGCCAAACCUCUGUGAAACAUGGGUAAAUUGGUUUCAUAACCUUGAAUGAAAUAAAAAUAUCUGUGUCAUACA